CAACGGCCUACAAUUCCCAUCAACCCUUGCGGAUGAGCGUAACUUCAAACAGCCCUUUCGGAGCCUGUCAGCGGUGUGUCGCCUGGCUGUGCUGCUUCUUCCUCUGGCCUGAGACCUGGAAACAUGCUGUCCUUCACUCUGAGACAACUCACACGGCCGCUUUGCCAGCGAGCUCCAGUUCGUCUCAGUGUACGUGGCCAGCAGUCCCAUGCCGAAACCCAUACAGUGGAUGAAGAUCGUCCAUGGACGGGCCAGGAAAGUCUGGCUCAGGACGACCCUGAGAUGUGGGAUCUGCUGCAAAAGGAGAAGGACAGGCAGAGCCGCGGCUUGGAGCUCAUUGCAUCUGAGAAUUUCUGCAGUCGAGCAGCUCUGGAAGCUCAGGGCUCCUGUCUGAACAACAAAUACUCUGAAGGCUACCCAGGGAGAAGAUACUAUGGUGGAGCAGAAGUGGUCGACCAAAUUGAGCUGCUGUGUCAGAAACGAGCCCUGGAGGCCUUUGACCUGGACCCAUCUCUGUGGGGUGUCAACGUCCAGCCGUACUCUGGCUCCCCUGCUAACUUUGCCGUCUACACUGCUGUGCUGAAUCCCCAUGACCGCAUCAUGGGCCUGGACCUGCCCGACGGAGGACAUCUGACCCAUGGCUACAUGUCUGAUGUGAAGAGGAUCUCAGCAACCUCAAUCUAUUUUGAGUCCAUGCCCUACAAGCUAAAUACUGCGACAGGACUCAUAGACUACGACCAGAUGGAGAUGACGGCCAAGCUGUUUCGGCCCAAGCUCAUCAUCGCUGGCACCAGCGCCUAUGCCCGCCUCAUUGACUAUGCCCGCAUCAAGAAGCUGUGUACUGACAUUAAAGCCUACAUGCUUGCUGACAUGGCCCAUAUCAGCGGCCUGGUGGCAGGCAAAGCCAUCCCCUCUCCUUUUGAACAUGCUGACCUGGUCACCUCUACCACACACAAAUCCCUCCGAGGAGCCAGGGCUGGCCUCAUCUUCUAUCGUAAGGGUGUUCGCUCAGUGGACAAGAAGGGGAAGGAGAUCAUGUACGACCUCGAGGACAAGGUCAACUUCUCUGUCUUCCCGUCACUGCAGGGUGGACCUCAUAACCAUGCCAUUGCUGGUGUGGCUGUGGCACUCCGACAGGCACAGUCUCCCAUGUUCAAGGAGUAUAUCACCCAGGUACUAAAGAACGCCAAGGCUAUGGCUACAGCUCUCAUCAGCAAAGGCUACACCCUGGUAUCAGACGGGACCGACAACCACCUAGUCCUGGUGGACCUGCGGCCUAAGGGCAUUGAUGGGGCUCGGGCCGAGAGGGUGCUGGAGCUCGUGUCAAUCACCGCCAAUAAGAACACCUGCCCCGGGGACAAGAGCGCCCUGACUCCUGGUGGCCUCAGGCUAGGUGCUCCAGCCCUGACCUCUAGACAGUUCAAAGAAGCUGACUUUGUGCAAGUUGUUGAGUUCAUGGAUGAGGGCUUCAAGAUUGCCUUAGAUGUCAAGAAAAAGACAGGAAAGCUCCAGGACUUCAAGAACUUCCUUCUUCAGGACCCAGAGACUGUGGCUCGCAUCGCCGAACUGCGCCACCGCGUUGAAGCUUUUGCCAGGCCCUUCCCCAUGCCAGGUUUCCACGACCAUUAGGCAAGCCAAUAUAGAGUCGAGGGGCCAUAACAGCCAUGUGGCAGAAAGCUGGCUUGGCAGAAGUGUGCAAGGAGAGGGGUUGGUGCCUGUGAAUUGGGAUGACUCUUGAGUUUCCUUUUUUCCAGUCAGAUCUGGGAAACCACUUUUUUUUUUUAUACUUCUUUGCAGUUGUCCAUCAAUCUAUUCUUGUAAAAACGUGGCCUCCAUGUCGAGGUAAAGAAACAAUAAAAUAUGACAAUUUUGUAGAGCCGAAUAACCUAUUUUCUAUGGUAUGUGUAAAGAUCUUUCUCAGUUUUCUUCACGCUAUUUCUUUAAUGUGGGUGUGUGGGAGGAAAAAACAUUAUGUCAAAUCAAACAACCAGUCAAACAACGACCAACAGCUCUUGGUGUCACAGACUCUGUGACUUGAUUAGUGUGUAAUUAGUUAUUAUAUUAAGAUGCUGAAGAGUCUUAAUGCUGUAAAGAGUCUUAACAAAUGCCACUUUGUAGAUUAUUAUAUUCAUAUGGAGAUGUGUGCAUGGUAGCUUUCUACUGUCAUUUUCUGUUUAUGAAACCAGGUACACGAGGAGGCUUCAUGAGGUGAAGUCGUGUUCUGCCAUACAAUGUUGGCCUUUAAAAUUUUUUUGGGGGGAGGGAAUUUUGUUGAAUAUAUGAAAUUAACCCAAAAUAUUGUCAGAAUAUCAUUUUAAGUUAUUUCAAGUUAGCCCUUUUAAUUUCGUAGAGAUUUGUGCAACUUGUCUGUGUAGUGGAAUGGUCCAAGUCAGAUUACACAGGAGGCAGACUUAAUAAUUCUAACACCUUUUUAAUAUACUAUAGUCCAAUAUAGCAACAUUACCAACUGUAGUCACAAAUACUGUUUAAAAACACAUGUUAUAAACAAGCAUAAAAUAUAUGCUUCAAAAAGUACAAUUUAAUGGGAAUUUCUAUUAGAUUAUAUUACAAUAAAAUGUCCACCUCAUGUGAAAAUCUAUUUUUAGUUAUUUUCUUUUUACGCUGUUGUGAUUGCAUCGUCUUUUUUUCUUCCAGCAUAUCAUGGAUGUCAGUUGAAUUGUUUUAUAUUUUGUUGACUGAUAACCAAAUGGAAUAACAGAAAUGUCAUCCUGGAUUAUUUCAUACUUUCUUUUAAGUGCGUUUACAAAGAGUAUAUACUUUUCUAUAUAUAUUAUUUUAAAAGAGUUAACUAUGUAACUGCCAUCAUAUUACAUAUAUCUUAAGGUUUCCAAUAGCAGCUGAGAUAUUGUACUAGAAGAAAGACUUUUCGUAAGGCUGAUUUUAAGUGUCAUUUAUUUCACCAUGGUGUUCAAUGAUGGAAACUGUGAAGCAGCUUGAUUUGAUAAAACAGUAUUUUGUUGUUUGUCUGGUUCACAGAUUGGAACUGUUGUCAUUAUCACUGCAUCAGUGAGGAAGCAAUAUGGAGAUAGAUUUUUGUUUGUGAAAUGGUCUUACAGCACAAUUGAGAAAAAGGUGUUGGAGAUGGUGUGGUUACUUUCUUACUUUGCACAAAACACAGCUUCUAAAGUGAACCAAAUCAUAUGAAUUAGCCACAGCACGUUUUUGACAGCCAAUAGAUUAGACUUUGCCAAAAUAUACCAACAAGUUUUUUUUUUUGUUUUUUUUUACAACAGUGUUCAUAAAUCUAUUGUUGGUCUGCUAUCAUUUCUGAUAUGUUGCCAGCCAUUGUACAUCAGCCCAAGUUUGAACUAACAUUCUUUUACAUAACAUUUUUAUUAAGUAACAUGUAAUUAGUAUUAGUUGAGUCCUAAUUAAAUACAAUACUGCAAACAC